GCUUCUGCUACACAGGAAAACAAGCACCGGGGUCUGCGCUCAAUUAAUGAAACUCUGAAUUAUCGCCAAAAAUUUACAACAACAGGUCAUAGAGCCAGGUUAAGGAAAAAGGAAUUUUUUAAAGGAAAAAAAUAGGAAUUGGAAAAUUUAAAAAAGUAUUUGUCCAAAGACACAGGACCGUAACAGAAUCUGUGAAUUUGUUAAGAAAUUGAGAAAAUGUUUGCUACAGAAGCGAGCGUUAUUUCACCAACCCAGGACCCAGCGACAGUUAAACGGCGACUCGCCUUCCAGAAAAGUUACAGCCAAGAGCAUGGCGGAUCGUGGCGCCGGAAAAGCCUGAUUGAGGAUGCGCGGUUUGAGACGGUGACAAACAUCGAGUUCGCGAAACGAGAGCGCACCAUCAGUAACCGGGGCUCCAUCAGCGAGGAAGAGGAAGUGUUCACUCAGAAUGGGGAUACCCCGUCUCCCGUGGAAACCGACCCCUCACGGCUCUACGUCAUACUGGUCACACUAAAAGAGGGAAUGACGGCGUCAUUGUCCCGGAUAGUUCGUGUAUUUGAAACCACAAAAGUGUUCCUCGACCACAUAGAAUCACGGAAGUCGCACAAGGCAGGAGCCAUUUUCGAUGUUUUGAUACAAUUCGUAUGUUCCCGCCAAAAGGUGACAUCAUUGAUGAACGCCAUACGUCAGAAUCCAUCGGUGGAGGAGGUGACGGUCAUUGGGGACAAGGACGCCGACAUUCAAGAUGCAUGGUUUCCUCGACAUAUAGGUGAACUGGACAAUUGUACCCACCUCGUGACCAAGUUUGAACCCGAGCUAGACUGUGAUCACCCGGGGUUUACAGACGAAGAGUACAAAAAACGCCGGAAACAGAUUGCUGAUAUAGCGUUCGAAUAUAAACACGGUCACCCAAUACCAAGAGUGCAGUAUACGAGGGAAGAAAUAGCCACGUGGGGCCAUGUUUACAAGCAACUAAAGGAAUUGUUUCCUACGCAUGCGUGUCGCGAGCAUAUUGAGGCUUUCAAGGGAUUGGAGAAAGAUUGUGGCUACAGGGAGACAAAUAUACCACACCUAGAGGACGUGUCAAACUUCCUCAAACGUAAAACCGGAUUCCAGCUGCGUCCGGUUUCGGGUUUACUCUCCGCCAGAGACUUCCUGGCUAGCCUUGCCUUCCGGGUGUUUCAAUGUACACAAUAUGUAAGGCACGGAUCCAAGCCCGACCACUCCCCGGAACCAGAUUGUGUACACGAGUUGUUGGGCCACGUGCCAAUGUUGUCUGUUCCCGCAUUUGCGCAGUUCUCACAGGAAAUUGGUCUGGCGUCACUCGGAGCAUCAGAUCAAGAAAUAGAGAAACUAGCAACGUUAUACUGGUUCACCGUGGAGUUCGGCUUAGUUCGCCAAGACGGAAAGUUACGAGCCUACGGCGCCGGAACCCUGUCAUCCUACGGAGAGUUGAAGCAUGCGCUCUCGGACAGCCCCAAGCAACUUCCGUUCAGCCCGACUGUGACGUCAGUGCAGGAGUAUACAGACGAAGAUCUCCAGCCGAUCUACUUCUACGUGGAGUCGUUUGAGGACAUGAUGCAGAAAAUGAGAGACCACGUCUCCACCAUCAAGCGGUCAGUUGACCUCCGGUAUGACCCCAUUACGCAGUCGAUCCAGGUGAUUGAACACAAGGAUACCCUGGAGACACUGGCCUCGUCCCUCAGAACGGAAGUCAGGAACCUGGAGAAACUCGUGAAGCGAAUGGACCUCGUCUUCGUGUAAUAAAGCCCCAUGUUAUGACGUCACGAAAAACUAAGUCACCCGGAUGUUACACUUUUAUUGUUACGACAAUGUGUGUAAAUGUAUCCAAGGCAAAUCUAGUAAAACAAUAUAUUACACACGCUUUUUUCCUGCGCUAUUAGACAUUGAAAUUAUCUAACUCUAUAGGGGAAAACAUUAAGUUAUAAUGAUAUCAUUCUAUACUGCAGAAUGGAUUAACGAUUUGAACUGAAUUCGAGCUUUGUUGAAAUAUAAUAAUCUAAUAGUGUCCAUUUAUAAAGAUAUAGGACUCUACUUACUAGUAGUUGCAUGCGCAAUAUUCAUCCGCGAGAAUAGAACAUGUGUUUGAUAGCAAACAUUAACCCGAAAGUUGUCUCAAUUUUUAAGACAUAUAUGUUCAUGACGUAACAGAUCGCGUGACUAAUAUACUUUGUAAUGUAGCAAAGCAUUGUUUACUACAGUCAUUAUUUAUGUCUUAUACGAUGUACAAAUAAAAGAAUGGUACAUAAUCUCC